CUCCCUUCGAGCACUCUCCAGUCCCCGUACUCUACAGGGCUUCGAAACAUAACAGCGAUUUGAAAGCUUAACAGCGUGUCGACAAGUAGCCUAUCGCGUCACAUCGCUACUGUUACCCUAAAAAGCAACAUUUGCAACGUUUUAGCUCUAAACAGAACCCCACCACAAGCUAAAGUACAAUGUUUAAAAAGUUGACUCGAAUCCUUCUGGAGGAGGUGGAUAACAGCGGUGAGCUGAAAUCGCUCUCCAGUGUCUAUGAAUCCAUGCGCCUGGAUGUGCUGUCUGUGCUGAAGAUUGUGGAGUCCAAGAAGUUUUUCUUCCUCAAAACUGAAAGCUACCAUCCCACAGGGUUUAAAUUGCGGGAUUUACUCCAGGCCAAGGACACUGUGGACUUUGGUGGAUGCCAUCAGGACAGCAUAGCAACUGUGGAUAUAAAGCAAAAAUGGGAGGGAAAUGCUGGAAUGAAAAGCACCUCAUCUAUUCCCAAGACAGAAAUAAACUGUCAGGUGGACAUUACUGGCUCUACAACUGAGAUAAAAUUGGAGAGCAUGUCUAUGAGCCGUUCUAAACUACAGAACAGUAAAAUAGAUGAGAGCCACUUCCUGUUCCAGGAAAUGAAAGAGAACAAAAAAAUCUUGGGGCUUGGUGUGGUAUAUGAAGUCAUGAAAAACAAAAACCCGAUGAUAUUGAAGCAGACAACCAAGGGAGAGGGGAGCGCAAAGAUAUUGGUCAUCAAUGUUGCCUCGAUGGAAGCUGGUGGAAAAGUAGACUGUAAGCAGCAACUGAAACUGGAUGCUGGCUGCGUUCUGGGAUUCAAAGUACACCCCCUCUAUUUGAAGACGACAAAGGAGCGCACUGCAAAACAGUUCAUGUUUUCAGAUGGUAUGCCAGAGUUAGAAGAAUCGGUGGCUGACGAUUUUCCAAGGCUGAAGUGGCGUGUGGAAGCAGAGCUUCAAGAUUUUGGAGACAUGGAUCAAAGUGCAAGGAAACUCAUCUGGGUGUCCCUAUAUAAGACACUGAAGUCCCCUCAGGACCUGUAUGAAUUGGGUUGCAUGCUGGAGGAAGGCAUCUUCACAGGUAGCGUGUCCAGGAGUGUCCAGGAUCUGCUUCAGCUGUUGGGACUGGAUAGUGUUGAGUCCUCUGACGCACAUGACCUUGUCAAACCCAUUGGUUUCCUGGUCAGUGCUCUGUCCGAGCUAAAUGAAGAGGUGGUGACUCUUAUUCUGGAUCUGGAUGAUGAAGUCAGAGGUCAGGUGCUGGAACUGGUGGAGGGAGUGCUGGAGCAGGUGUGCAGCUUGGAUGAUGGUGUCCCUCAAAAGAGUGGACAGUUUUCCGAAAAUACCAUGAGGAUGGCCACUCAGGUACUGGCAUCCUGCGGGCUCAAAUUGGCCAGGGAUAGCCUAGACCCAAGCUUGGGUUUCCCAGGGCAUCCUGAUGUUACCCUCCUGGCCCUUUACAUCUUAUUGAAGGGACUGGACAAGCUGUUGGGGCCAUGAACAUUCUGUUCUGGACUAUCCGUUAUGAAUGCUCAGGCUGAUGAUAUUAAAAUUAAAGAAACUGAUGCGCAUAAUUUUUUAAAAAUGCAGACAUCCAUCAAACACUUCUAAAUGGGAAAUAGAAACAGACUUUUCCGUCCAAUUGUGAACAAUCAUACAUUUUAGUUAUUUGAACAAAAGUAACUCCCAAACCCCCAAAUAGUUUUGUUUUCAGCAGGUUUCAGCAGUAUUUUAGAUUUACACAAUAUUGUUCAACAUACAUGUAGGUCUACUGCUUCCUACUUACAGUUUUCAUGUAUCUGAGCGACUGGUUGCAAAAAUACUCUCUUGGUACACUGCACACUGAUGCAGUCCAUUUGUGCUUGAGUCAAAUCCAUACAGUGACAAAAACAGCAAUACACAAAAAACAUCAAUCAUAAUCUGAAAUAUACAAGUGGGUAUCGUGUAUUGGUAAAAAAAAAAUUUAAAAACAAUGCAGAGAAGUCAUUUGAGAUGGAAUUGAUGCAUUUUUGUGUGUGGUAAUUUCUAGAAAAGGUUUUCUUGAAAGUUCUGUAGAAGUCCUAGAAACAUGCAUUAUUAACCCUUGUAUUCAGUUUACUUAUAAUCAUUUAUGAAACUUGCUUGCAAGCUAGCUUCCACAUGCAAACACUGUUGAAAAGGUAUGGACCCCAAGUUUACUACACAUAACCAUCUAUAGAUAGGGGUCUUUCAAUCUGUGGCACAUUGAAAAAAAACAUUUAUCAGUGUCAGUGGAAUAGACCUGGAAUUCAGCUCUGCCUUACUGGCAGAGCCUGUUUUUUUACAGUUCCAAACAAUGUUUUGUGUUCCCACUACCUAAGUUGAAAAAAAAAGUUUGUUUUAUGAAAGCUGAAAUAAAAUUUGUCUACUGUAUUGCAUGUACAGUUGUAUGUAGUGUGGGUAGCGCUGCAACUUUGAUAGUCGAAUGUUUGAUAGUAAAAUCGACACUGUUUACAAACUAAUGAGGAGAGAAAGGAGAAAAAUAAGGUUUCUGGACAGAUAUAACAUGCACUACAUUUCCAAAAGUAUGUGGACACCCUUUCUAAUUAGUGGUUUCGGCUAUUUCAGCCACACCCAUUGAAAGCACACAGCCAUGCAUUCUCCAUUGACCAACGUUAGCAGUAGAAUGGGUUGUACUGAAGAGCUCAGUGACUUUCAAUGUGGCACUGCCUAUUUCCAACUAGCCAGUUUGUCAAAUUUCUGCCAUGCUAGAGCUGCCCCAGUCAACUGUGAGUGCUAUUAUUUUGAAGUGGAAAUGUAUAGGAGCAACAGCAGCUCAGCCACAAAGCGGCAGGCCACACAAGGUCACAGAACGGGACUGCCAAGUGCUAAAGUGUGCAGCACGUAAAAAUCAUCUGUCAUCAGUUGCAACACUCACUACAGAGUUCCAAACUUUUUAAGAGAAAAAGCAUAGGCAAAAUGGAAAUUGAUGUUGAUGUACAUGAACAAUUUAUGUUUAUUGUAUUUUUUACUUCUGGGUUUUUAAAUUGUAUACAGUAAGCAUCUUUCAAGAAAGCCAGACUGUUAUGGCUGGCUCGACUGGCCGCAACAAACAAAGAUGGAUCAAAAACAAGACAGAAACUGAUCUAAAAACAAACCCAGACAUUUAUUAAUCUAAAUUACAAACAAAAACCCACAAAGUUCACAAAACCAAAGCUCUCCCCACAAAUCACAAGACCCAAAAGAAAAUCUCCCCUGCCUCAUACUACUGGGCUUAUAUUGGGCCACAGGCAGGUGGAAGCAAUCAGGCAAUUAAGUAAUUAAGCAACUACCUCCACCUGCACUACCCAGGCAAGCAGAGGCAGGGGACGUAACACAGACAUCCAAACAUAGUCUCUAUGGACUAUGAACUUCUUAAUAUUUAUCACUCCCUGACAGUAUCCAUGUAUCAUUUUUUGUGUCCUUUCCAAGUAAAGUAUAUAGCAUUCAUAAAAAUAUAUCUUGUUCCUUGACAGUGUUCACGUAGUUUGAGUGUACUUUUUAAUCUGUAGUAUUUGAUACCCAGACCUGCCAACCAAAUAUUUUGAGUACCACAAUAGUCAGUGUAACGCUUAGUUCACAUGCUUUCACACCGCUUCGCUUUGCACACGACAGUCUGCAAGAGACACAGACACACACACACACACACACACACAAGCACACACACAUAUGCCUUACUUAUGUGCUGUACUGGGCUAUAUUAUGAUAUACUUGCAAGUCAAAAGUUUGAGUACACCUGCUUAAAACCAUUUUUUUCAUGAUUACUAUUUCAUUAUAUGAUAUGUGUGCUUAUACAAACUGAUAAGCAUAAGUGAAUUGCAUUCAAUUAUUUAAUAAAAAUUGAAAUAAUUUAUUUGGUA